AUGUUUCCCAUUCCAUCUCUAUCAUUCUUUUCUAACAACCAGGCCUUGUCUUUCCUAGACAAUUCCGCAUUCGAUUGGAAAUCUAUAGUCACGUCUCUUUUGGUGGGCAAGUAUGCUUUUGAAACUUACAUCAACUACAGACAAUACCAGGUGUACAAAAGAACGCAGCCACCAGCGUCAAUCAAGCAAGAAAUCACACGUGAGACUUUCUUGAAGUCUCAGGAGUACUCUCGUGCUACCAAGCGGUUUGGUUUCUUUUCUGAUGCGGUGGAAUUGGUCAAAGAUCUCGCCACCAUCAAGUUUGACCUUUUGCCGCGUCUUUGGGGCUGGACUGGCUCCUUGUGUGUUUCGUUAUCCAAGGCAUCGGUGAUUGGCCGCUUUUUUGGCCCUGGAAUCAUGUGCCAAUCAUUGGUUUUCUUUGCUGUCACCACUCUUAUUUCGACAUUGGAGUCUUUGCCCUUUUCCUACUACAAGACGUUUGUUUUGGAGGAGAAGUUUGGCUUCAACAAGUCCACUUUGAAGGUCUGGAUUACUGAUCUGAUCAAGCUGACUUUCCUUCUGAUUACUUUGGGCACCCCCGUCGUCUAUGGAUUCUUGAAGAUUAUUGACUACUUUGGUGUUUCGUUUGUGUCUUAUGCCUGUGCUUUUGUCUUGGUUGUGCAACUUGUUUUCAUGACCAUUGCUCCAUCGUUGAUUCUUCCGCUUUUCUACAAGCUCACUCCUCUUGAGGAUGGUGAAUUGAAGACCGCAAUCGAAGCCUUGGCUGCCAAAAACAAGUUCCCUCUCUCCCAGUUGUUUGUUAUGGACGGAUCCACCAGAAGUGCUCAUUCGAACGCUUUUUUCGUCGGCUUACCUUGGAGUAAGAAAAUUGUCCUUUUCGACACGUUGAUCGAACACAACUCUACCGAAGAAACUGUCGCCGUUUUGGCCCAUGAAAUUGGCCACUGGAGAUUGAACCACUUGCCUCAAAUGCUUCUUGUGAGUCAAGCUUCCGUUGCUGUGACCUUUAUUCUUUUCUCUGCGUUCUUGACCAACAAGUCUUUGUUCCACUCUUUCGGUUUCUCGCUGGUUUAUCCACCUUUCAUUGCGUUCACAUUGUUCAACUACGUCAGCACUCCCGUGAACUGUCUUAUGCAGUUUGCCAACAAUCUUUUGGUGAGAAAGAACGAGUACCAGGCCGAUGCCUACGCAAAGGAACAAGGAUACACCGAGGAAUUGGCCUCUUCUCUUAUCAAGCUUUCCACUAAGAACUUGAGCUCUUUGAAUACUGAUUGGUUGUACUCUGCGUACAAUGAUAACCAUCCAAUUUUGGCUGAUAGAUUGAGCGCUCUUGGCUAUGUUUCAAAGGAGAAGGUGGGGAAUGUCAAGGUUGAUAUUGACGAGUUGAAGCAAGAGUAA